AUGCACCGGCAGUUCGUUCGGCCGCGGGUCAGAGGGCGAGCGGAAGUGCGCGCCGGGGUCGCAUCGGACAGCCAGCCGGCGGAACCGAAAGUUUUCUAUCUCCUCUGGAAUGCAUUUUGGCCAGGCCACAGCAAGCUGGACUCACCCUGCAUCCCAACAUGGGCACAGUGCCUGGCACAUCACAGCAGUGGUGACAGGCUAAAUGAUGAGUUGCCUUUCUUCACUUUAAACCUUGUCCCUCCAGCAGCUGGAACUGUCCUACACCUCUUCCUUUGCUCCCCUGGCAAGUGUGCUCAGGGAACCCCUCCAGCCAAGCUGCCUCCUCCUCCACCUGCUUCCAAGUCUAUACUCAGCAGAACGAAGUGCAGCCAUAGGCCAAGUCAUGACUCCUGGGUCCUUAGUUCAUAG